GUGUGAGUUUAUUGACUUGGUUUUGAUAGUGGUCACACAGACAGGGAAUUCGCUGUCAAGAGGGUGGAUGCCUAGAGCUGGAAAUGACCUAGAGGCCUUACAGAUACAUUUGUGCUUUUGUCGCUCUAAUCUGCAUCCGCAGAGAACAGCGAGAUUUGGAAGCACACUUGUUUCCGCGGUGAGUAAUAUCUACCUCAGCCAGCAGACGGGGAGAAACCGGGAAGCUGCUGGAGACUUCUGACAGGCAGACAGAGCUAUCAGCUGGCCGCUUGCUCACUGCCUGCCGUGUCCUGCUUUGUGAAGAGGAUUUGAGACGGACUGGAUCUGUCUGCCCUUCGCCUCCCACUGCUCCUCUGCCAGCCACUGCAAAAGAAAAGACGAAGCCACAUCCUCUGAUUCCAGCAUUUACUUGCUUGUGUGUUGUUUUCUUUUUAAAUUGCCAUUUUCCUUCCGUGCUGUUGACCAGUGUGUCAUUUUCCUCGGAUUCAUUUUUGCUUUCAGCUUUUAAAGGAAUUUUCUACUUUUACUGGCUGAAGCUGGUAUAGGUUUAUAUAUGUAAAUACAUAAGUGUAUAUACUCUGCAUACUGUAUGAAGGAUUUUCCCCCCCAUUCUGAAGGAAAGUUAAUGCACUUUAAAACUCGGCUGUAAUACUUUCCUCCUCUAUUAUGAUCAUUUUGUUUGAAGCUGAAAACAGAGUAUCUGGAGCUGUGUCUUUGCUGUUUUUUAAGCUAGGCAUGAUGAGUUUGCAGCAGGGCUGCAUGUGAGUAUUUUACUCAGCCUGUCGGUUUUUGAUCACCCUUCGGCCUCACCCACUUCUAAGUUGCCUCUCUACAAGGCAUACUGAGAUGAACCUCUGUGAGGUAGAAUCCUUGAGCUGUCUUUAUACCUAACUUGAACAGUUUCAGGGCCGUUGAAUUUGGUGGGGUUUUUUUUUCUAAAAAGGACAAGAACACUUUGUGAGGAAAAAGAAACUACAAACAGGAGCUUCCGGUGCUGUUGCACCACCUAUGUAUUGUUGUAGUGCGCAGGAAAGUAAAAUGGACUACAAGCGUCGCUUUUUGCUCGGCGGGUCCAAGCAGAAAGUGCAACAGCACCAGCAGUACCAGAUGCCUGAGCUAAGCCGGACCCUGAGCGCCUCUCUGGCCUCCUCUUGCUCUGCCUCUUCACCCAUGGGCACUGGGGUAGGCAUGUCUGGCAGCUGCCACCCACCUCCUUCUGGCACCUCUACCGCUGUUGCCGAUAUCCAGCAAGGCAUCUCAAAAUAUUUGGAUGCUCUCAACGUGUUCUGCCGGGCCAGCGCCUUCCUAACAGACCUUUUCAGCAGUGUGUUCAGGAACUCUCACUAUUCCAAAGCAGCUAUGCAACUGAAGGACGUGCAGGAACACGUCAUGGAGGCCGCCAGCAGACUGACAGCAGCAAUAAAGCCUGAGAUCGCCAAGAUGCUGAUGGAGCUGAGCGCUGGAGCCGCCAACUUUAAAGACCAGAAUGACUUCAGCCUGCAGGAUGUUGAGGUACUAGGUCGGUGCUUCCUCACGGUGAUGCAGGUCCAUUUCCAGUUUCUAUCACAGGCUCUUCAGAAGGUCCAGCCCGUGGCUCAGUCUUGCCUGGCUGAGGCUCUUGCCCAGGCCCAAGAGCGCUGUGCCAAUGCCCGCUCCCAAAGCUCUGACCUUGGGCCCCUUACAGAGCUGGAAGAAGCUUCCCGCUCAUGGAAAGGUGCAGCUGAGGCCACAGCGAGGCUGAGAGAGAGGGGCCGGGACGGCUGCCUGGCAGGCAUCCAGGUUCAGCAACUCUUUUGCUCCAACAACACAACCAUCCCUGAGCACCAGCUGAAGGAGCUCAACAUGAAGAUUGACAGUGCUUUACAGGCUUAUAAAGCAGCAUUAGAGAGCCUCGGUCAUAGUGAGUAUGCUCUGAAGGCAGGCUUUCAUCUCAACCCCAAAGCUGUGGAGGCAGCCUUACAGGGUUGUUGCAGUGAGGCUGAGGCUCAGCAGGCGGGCAGGAUGCAGACCACCUCGCAGCCCAUUCAGUGCGAGCUGCCCACCAUCCCCGUGCAAAUUGGCUCACAUUUUCUCAAAGGAGUGUCCUUCAAUGAGUCAGCAGCUGAAAACCUCAAAUUGAAAACGCACACGAUGCUGCAGCUCAUUAAGGAGGCCCUUGGGCAGAACGGAGUGACACCCAGAGAUGACUCUCCUGUCACUGAGGUCCUAAACCAGGUCUGCCCAUCCAGUUGGAGAGGAGCUUGCAAGACAGCUGUCCAGCUACUGUUUGCCCAGGCUGGUCUGGUGGUUGUCGAUACUGCGCAGAUUGAGAACAAGGAGGCCUAUGCUCCCCAGAUCACUCUGGAGGGAUCCAAGGUGGUGGUCCAGGUUCCUUCUACAUGGUGUUUGAAGGAGGACCCAGCUACUAUGUCCUUACUCCAGCGAAGCUUGGACCCAGAGAAGACACUUGGUCUCGUAGACGUGCUUUACACAGCGGUGUUUGACAUCAACAGGUGGAAGGAGAGAAAAGAGCAAGCCUUGCCCACUAUUCAGAUACAGCUACAGAGAGAGAGCCCAGACUAUGGCAUCCCCACAGACUUGCCUCCAGGUACCAGCUCCAAGACCUCUAGUGGACUGCCCAAAACUAUAUCAAAGCUGACUUCCAAGUUCACAAAGAAAGUCUCAUCCAGCUCAAAUAGCGGAGGCAGUUUUUCCAUCCCUAGUACUCCAUCUCGCAGCAUGCUAACAACCAGUAACUCUGAGGACAAGGCAAAAGGCCUGGGCCACAGUGAUGGGAGGCUACAGAGCAUCCUGCAGAUGGGCAGCCUGCCUUGUACCUCUGACUCCACUCAACAAAACCAGCUGGCCAACGGUUCAGUUUCUGAAGACCAGGGGAUGAACUUGCCCACAGACCAAGAGAUGCAGGAUGUCAUUGACUUUCUCUCAGGAUUCAACAUGGGCAAAUCCCAGCAAGCCUCACCCCUGGUCAAGAGGAGGAACUCUGUGGCUUCUGCUAAUCCUGCUGAGCUGAAGCCCCCAAGUGGUCCUUCACAAGCCACCUCAUCAAUCUCUCACAGUGCCCUGCAGCCUCCAGCUCAGACCCUGCCUCAGCCCCAGCCUCAGCCUCAACCUUCACAGCCAGUACAGAAACAACAGCCUCAGCCUAAUCCACAGCCGCCUCCCCCACAGCAACAACAGCCCCAGCAGCAGCAGCAACCCCCUCCUCCACCACCUCAGCAGCCCUCCCCACAGGCCCAGCACCUCUACUACCAGCACCUCCUGCAGCCCAUCACUCAACAACAAGCGCCUCCCCCGCAGCUUCCUCCCCAGCAAACCCCACCCCAGGUCUUACCACAACAAAGAGUGGCAAGCAAGUGGCUGGGCACUUCUGGGCAACAGCCUCCGCCGCAAGGACCCCCAGCAGGGCUAUCACCCCUAGGUCCCAUUGGGCAGUGGGCAUCAUCUGGACUGCCAGACUUGAGCUCAGACCUGUACAGUCUGGGCUUGGUCAGCACCUACAUGGACAGUGUCGUGUCAGAGAUGCUGGGUCAGAAACCCCAAGGUCCUCGUAACAAUACAUGGCCCAACCGGGACCAGAGUGAGGGAGUGUUUGGAGUCCUGGGGGACACAUUGCCCUUCGACCCAGCAGUUGGCUCGGACCCGGAGUUUGCACGUUACGUCGCCGGCGUCAGUCAGGCCAUGCAGCAGAAACGGCAGGUACAGCACAUUCGCCGCCCCAGCAACACGCGCAGCAACUGGCCAAUGCCUGAUGAGCAGCACAGGACCUGGUCCCACCCAGAAUACUUCAACGAGGGUGAUGCUGUAAACAGCGGCUGGUCAGCCAAUCAGGGGGACUCGGCCAGCUCUAGUGACGAGACAUCUUCAGCCAAUGGUGACAGUCUGUUCUCCAUGUUUUCUGGGCCAGACCUGGUAGCUGCAGUUAAACAAAGGCGGAAACACAGUUGUGGUGAGCCUGAGGUGUGCACUCUGCCUUCACCACCUCUCCAUCACAUUGGCGACGAUAGCCAGGACAGCAAAACUAAAACUUGGCCUCCCAAAGCACCGUGGCAACACUCCACCCACACCAACACCAUGCCCAAUCCCAGCUCUUCCUUGUACCAGAUGAACAUCCCUCCUUCUUCCCAGUGGGGCGACUCCAUGCCAAUGCUCCAGUCUCCCGUGUGGUCUACUGCCAGCGACUGCCCCCCCUCCACCGGCAUCUCCUCUGGUUUUCCGUUCACCCAGCAGCAGCAGCAGCAGCAACAGCAGCAACAUAAACCCAUGACCAAGGGCUUUAAAUCCUUCCCCGUCAAGCAUGAGCACAGACCCUCCUACCUUCACCAGUACUGAUCCCGAUCUAAUGUCUAACGAGUCCACGGUGAAGUGCCACAGAGGACCCGUAGCUCUGUUACAUGAGCCACUGAGUGGGCCGAGCUACAGCCAUUACACUCCACACCCCCAGCGAAUUGGAAAAUUUCAAAAGCCUCACAGGCAACGUAAAGUAUACACACUGGCUCGACAUUUUUUUGUAUCUAUAUUUUUCCAUGUCAAACAUCCCCAUCAGAAAAAGAUGUAUUUUGAAGUUUUUCAAACUGCCAUGUUUUAACCAUGAAAGGUGCGCAUGUCGUGCUGGCAGCAGUUAGUCAGGUGGUCGUUUCUCUGUCUGUCGAGCAGAAAUUUCCUCAGACAAGAGCUGGAGACGUGCACAGCCGUCACCCACUUGCUUCUGCAGCUAAAAGUGUGAGUGUGUGUGUGUGUGUGUGUGUGUGUGUAGAGGAGGGUAUUACAAGGGGGCAGGGGCUUAAAAUGCUCUCAUUUUGCCCGUAAUAAAUAUACUGUGUCUACAUAGCUGUAACUGCCAAAUCUCAUGCAAGAUGACCCAGAAUACAGCUACCAUCUACUGUUUCAUAGCUUGUAAAAUAGUGAAGUUGAAAUAUAAAUAUUUAGUACUUUUUAUUAAGAGGCUUUGAGCAGGCUCAGCAUAAAUAUAGUAAGUCACUGCAGAGGUGUAAUUUGAGAGAAAUACACUACUUUUUCAACAACUGACCAGAGUUAAGAGUUAUAGCAGUAACUAUGUGCCAUGUUGGUAUCGAUAGCACUUGCAGAAUAUUAUUUCCAACCAAAGCGUUGUUCGGAAGACGAAUGGUGCUGAAGAGAUGAGUGGCAGUCUGAGAUUAUUGAUCAACAUGAAGUUAAACACCCUAUUGGAUGUGAGCAUUAGGGAACAUCUUCAUUUCCUCUUCUCUAAUUGGCAGUUGUUGGCUCCAGAUUGACACUAACUCCCAUAAACCUAACGUUUCUUCUUUGUUUAAUAACACAAUAUUUUUUGUGUACAAUUAUUGACAGUAUUAAUCUUAUUUUUGUAUUUUCUUACAUGUUAUACCAUACUGUAUGUUAGUAUUCCUGCAGACAUAUUACAUAAAACAUUAUUUUCCACCUCCCAAUAUGUGAAAAAAGCACAUGUUUUUCCUACAGAGUUUAACUACAGCAUCGAUCGAUAAAGGUUACCAAAUAUGCCAUGCUAAACACUAAAACAUUGUGUAACGAGGGUGGGUUUUUUGUUGUUGUUGUUUUGUUUUUUCAAGCCCUUGUUUCCUCCGUUCCUAUGGCAGUGGGCUGUAUUUAAAAGCCCAGAAUGUUAUCUUUUUGUGAUGUUUGCGGAUGCCAAUGUUGCCUGUAUUUAUGAAAUGACACCAUGUUUUCAGAAAACUAACAUACUUAACAUGUUUACAGAGAAUUGUUUGCUGUAUAUACAUAUAAAUAUAUAUCUUUUUAUAGUUAAUGUGCUUUGCACAAUCAAGAUAUAGGGUUUGUUGCUUUUUGUCUGUGUUAUCUCCCUAACUGUUGCAGCCUUUUUUAAGACAUCAGUGCAGACCUUGGACUGUAACUGUUAGCUUCUCAGCUGUGUCAAAUGGUUUACUAGUGGCUUCUAAAAAAAAAAACACAAAAAAAGAGAAAAAUAAUAAUAAAAACAUGUUGCCCUGAUAGAAGAUAUGAAGGGGGGCUGCUUGGCUUAUGUUGCUUAUUGUUCUCUUGAGCUGGCAACUGAAUCUUUCCAAGUGUACCAGCAAUGCAAAAAAUAAAUAAAAAUAACUAGCAAUUCAAAA